AAGAAAAUUGGGGUGAAAUGGCCAAAGGCAGAGCGUUGGGUUGGCGAGAAGAGUAACAGGCAGAACACAGAAGGGCAUUAUGGUAAUUUAACACAAGUUCAUUGAGCCACCCAGGUUUUCCCCUUCUUCAACCAUAGCCACUCUCUCUCUCUCUGAAACCCUAAUCCAAUCCAAGACGCCAAUUGUUACGCACGCACUCUCCGAACACUGUAAGCUCUUACACCUUAUUCAUGGCGUUAUCUUUAGCCUUAAAUUUUCAUUCCUUUUCUUUUUCUCAGAAUUUGAUUUCAAUAAUUUGGUGUUUGGAGAGGUCGGAGUUCAGAAAAUCGACUGUUUCUUAAACUAAUUUAAUUUAAAAAUGAAUCGCUCCUUUUUUUUUUUGGUGUGUUUUCUCUUUUCCCGAUCCGAAACCCGCGAGGUUUUUUAUUAGGGUUUGUUCGACCCGAUCGGUUACGACUCGGUUUGAAUUGAUUGGGUCAGUCGGAGCCCCGAUUACUCCGAUCCGGCAACCUUGAGAUAUUAUGCCACGGUAGAUUGAUCCAAUGGAUAUGUCAGAUGUAGUGAUUGUGAAAUCUACCCGAUUAAAGUCUGUUGUUUGGAAUGACUUUGAUAGGAUUAAAAAAGGUGAUACUUGUGUGGCUGUUUGUAGGCACUGUAAGAAGAAACUCAGUGGAUCAAGUACUAGUGGGACAUCACAUUUGAGGAACCACUUAAUUAGGUGUCAAAGUAGAACCUCUCAUGCCUUACCUCAGUUAUAUACACCCAGGGAAAAGAAAAAGGAAGGAAACCUUGCUAUUACCAAUUUCAAUUCAGAUCAAGAGCAGAAGAAGGAUGAGGUUCUUAGUCUUGUCAAUUUUAAAUUAGAGCAAGAUCAUAUGAAAGAGGAUGGUGUUACAUAUGUACAUAAUAGCUUUGAUCAAAGGAGAAGUAGAUUCGACCUUGCACGCAUGAUCAUCUUGCAUGGUUACUCAUUGGCCAUGGUUGAACAUGUUGGAUUUAAAGUGUUUGUUAGAAAUCUACAACCAUUGUUUGAGCUUGUCAACUGUGAUAGAGUUGAGGCUGACUGUGUGGAGAUAUACUUGAAAGAAAAACAAAAAGUGACCGAAGUGUUGGACAAAUUGCCUGGUAAAAUUAGUCUGAGUGCUGAAAAGUGGGCUUCUUUGGACAAUGCCGAGUACUUAUGCUUGACUGCACACUAUAUUGAUGAAUCAUGGCAGUUGCAUAAGAAGAUUUUAAAUUUCGUUGCAAUUGAUCCUUCCCAGACAGAAGACAUGCAUUCGGAAGUUGUCAUGACAUGUAUGAUGGAUUGGGAUAUCGACCGGAAGCUUCUCUCAAUGACAUUCGAUAGUAGCUCUACUAAUGAUAAUAUCGCCAUGAGGAUCAGUGGCCGGCUUUCUCAGAACAGAUUUCUCUACUGUAAUGGUCGGUUAUUUGAUGUACGUUGUGCAUCUAAUCUUAUAUUCAUGAUGGUUCAGGAUGCUUUAGCUGCAGUGAAUGGGGUGGCUGAAAAGAUUCGUGAAAGCAUUCGAUAUGUAAAGAGUACACAAGCAAUCCAAGCAAAGUUCAAUGAAAUAGUUCAGGAAGCUGGAGUUCAAUCUCAAAAGUCUUUGUGCCUUGAUAAUUCAUUCAAAUGGAAUUCAACAUGUACUAUGCUUGAAGCUGCCUUAGAGCAUAGGGAUGCAUUUUGUCUUUGGCCCGAAAAAGAUGCCUCCUACACAAUGUGCCCGACUGAUGUUGAGUGGGAUAGAGCAACUAUCAUCACUAGCUUCUUGAAGUUCUUUGUUGAAAUAACUAAUGUUUUCAUGAGGAACAAAUCACCAACUGCAAAUCUCUAUUUUCCAGACCUUUGCGACGUGUAUCUGCAGUUAAACGAGUGGUGCAAGAAUUCUGACGAUUAUAUUAGCUCAUUGGCAGCAACGAUGAGAACCAAAUUUGAAGAAUACUGGGAGAGGUGUAGCUUGGGUUUAGCAGUUGCAGCAAUGUUGGAUCCUCGAUUCAAGAUGAAACUGGUCGAAUAUUACUAUGCACAGAUAUAUGGUAGUGGUGCCCCAAACCGAAUCGACGAAGUUUUUGAUUCUGUCAAGACACUUUACAGUGAACACUCCAUAUGUUUAGCUUCACUUGACCAAGAUAUGGCUUGGCAAGAGGGUGGUAGUUCAGGCUGCUUACCUAGGGAUUCCAGAGAUAGGUUGAUGGGUUUCGACAAAUUCCUCCAUGAAACUUCUCAAAGUGAAGGCACAAAAUCUGAUAUGGACAAGUACUUAGAGGAACCUCUGUUUCCUCGUAAUGCAGAGUUUAGCAUAUUGAAUUGGUGGAAAGUUCACACUCCAAGGUAUCCUAUCCUAUCUAUGAUGGCACGCAACGUUUUGGGAGUUCCCAUGUCGAAACUUACGUCGGAUUAUACUGGAGUAAGGAUGCUCGACCACCAUUGGAGCUCUCUCAACCCGGCCACCCUCCAAGCCUUAAUGUGUGCACAUGACUGGAUACAGAGUGAACUAGAAAAUUGACCUUUUCUUGUUCAUUCAUUAUAAGCAUUACUUUUUGUUUUCUUUAAUAGCUAUAAUAAAUAUUAGGUAGUCAACUCUUUAUUGCCUCUUGUUUUGUUGACCAAAUUUUAACAUGAGGAACAGGCUCGUUCUCACAUGGAUGAAAUUCUUUUUUAAUUGUUCAAAUUGGUAUGGAGUUUUUGUAAUGUUGCUCUUUUGUCAAUAAUGCCUUUCCCUUUUUGGUA